AUGAUGAUGAGACACCUGACAGCUAUUGGUGAAACGUAUGCCCAAACUGCCCUUGAAGAUGCUGCUUGGAACCUGUGGCAUGUAAAUCCUUCUCAGGCCAGCACAUCUACAUCCACUUCUUCUUCAAACAAUCCAAAUCCUUUCACAAGUAUUGUAAGACACCAAGGAGGACACACUACUCGGGGUGGGGGUGGGUCCCUUAUGAGAACCAUGCCAACUCCACUUGUCCCGGAUGUUGACUUGUCAAACAUAAUCGCCAUGGUUGAAACCGUUCGUGAAGUCCUUCCCCAUGUCCCUGAUGAAUUAAUAUUACAGUGGAGGUGGUCAAGUGAGACCCUGUUGCUUUUAUUGGGGUCUAGUGCUUAUAUUUGGGAGUUGGGAUUGGAUAAUAAAGCUGUGGAAGAUUUUGAUGAUUGGAUUAAUUGGCUUAUGUAUAAAGGUGGAGUUGGAGUGAAAGGAGACAAUAGUUGGGAAUCUUGGCAGGAUGAACAGACACAUAUCCAGAAAAUCAGAGGGAGUGUACUUGAAACUAUAUUGUGCUUGAGGUUCUUCAUAUUUCAAUACGAGAUAGUCUACAAGCUCUAG